AAACAGUUUGGUUCAGCCCCAGCCGCAGGCAUGACAUCAACCAGCUCUGACCGUUUGCACUGCAUUCGCCGCCAAACUUGCGACGCGCACGAAACACAGCCUAAAAGUGUUACUGUGCUUCACUUGCUUCCUUCAAAACGAAGAAGUAUCUCUGCUUGCAAGUAUUAUUUAUUGCCAAAUUUGACUGAUAAGGUGAUGGAAACAAUGGACAUUCCCGAAGAUGACCCCGCAAUUGAAUUGUUGAAGAAUGUGGUGCAGUCAGAAGUCCAAAAAAUGCAGGAAAAAAUUUUGGAUGAAAUGAAAGGGCCUUUUAAGGCAGGUGUCAAGGAGAAACUGAAGUCUUUGAAGAAAGAGGUUGAAGAAUGUGUCAAAUUGCUGAAGGUGGAAAUGAUGAAUGAAGUUAAGGAGGAAAUUGAGAAAUCUAUAUCGAAAGCGCUGCUGUCCUUGAAAACUGAAAAAGAAAAAGAGAGGAAGCGUGAACCAUCUGAUGAAGACGACGAAGAAGAAGAUGAUGAGGAUGAUGACCUAUCUGACCUUGAGACCCGCCUAUGGGGAAAAUCAUAUGGGGCUAAAUCCUCUAAGCCCAAGCAGAAAAAGGGAGAUGCAACAGAUCAGCAUGAGGAGGAUGAGGAAGAAGACGAUGAGGCUCCUCCUCCCAAGAAAAGAGGACGCAAGAAGGGUUCUAAAAAUAAAACUCUAUCCAAACCCCAACUAGCUGCAGAGCUGGCCAAACUUGAAGGCCAACUUAAGAAAAAGAAAUAGUUUUACAACAGGAUUCCUUUUUUUACAAUCUAAAACACUUUGCAUUUUUCUGCCUUCAGGCAUUUUAAAUUUUCUUAAACUCUGUUUGACGUUGUUUCAUAUUUGUUUGUAGUUGAUUCAAACAUUUGGUUUACUUGUUACCAGAUUUCAUCAUUAUUGUUUUUACUAUUAUGCUGUACUUUGCAGUGGAAAGUAAUUAUGUUCCAGUUUAUUGGUGUUGAAACAACUGUUCCUCACUAACUAA